AUGAACGGCCUGGCGUCGCAGACGGCAGCGGCGGCGGCCGAGGCCGCAGAAGCCGCAGACGCGGCCACAGCCGCUCUGGCGGCCACAGCUGCGUCGUUUGGUCCGCCGCCGCCAGAGACGAUGGCAGACCUUGCGAUUGGCGGCAGUAUUCGCACCGAACGUCGCUCGUCUGACUCCUCGACUGCGGCGCCUGCGUGGUUGGACGAGGAGAUCAGAGUGCGGGCUGAGGCGGUGCUGACGGCGCGCGAGCCAGACCAUCCGAUUGCUGUCUUGGUGGAGGCACUGGUGGCGGCAUGGAACGAGGUCGAUGUUGGUCAUCCGGCGAAGGCUCUGGCCCGCACGGCGCUGGCAUCGACACUGGCGGCUGAAGACAAGCUGGGCGCGGCAGCAGCUGCGGCCACCUCCAGUGGAGAUCUGGUCGACAACGAAAGACUAGACGACCAGCUGGCAGUGGCACGCCAAGCAUACGCCGGCGCGGUAGCGUUCGAGGUUGAGCGCGAAGCGUGCGACUGGUCGAGGGAGCUCGCCAAUCAGGAGGCCCAUGUCUACGCCGCCGUUGCCGAGGCGCGGCGCGGGCUGGUAGACGGGCUGGGGCCUUUGAUGCGCGAGGUCGACGGCGCACGGGCGGUGCGCAAGUCGCUGCGUCCGGUGCUCCGCCGCAUGCACUCGGCGAGCUCGGCUACCCAAGCCCAGGCCGAAGUGGCCUCGCGGAGCUCGCAGGCAAGCCGCGCGGACAGCCUGGCGAACGCACUAUUGUCGGCUCGGGCAGCCGAGUCGCGCCGGACAGAGGCGCUGGAGGCCGAGGCUGCGAUAGCCCAGGCGUCGAUUGCAGCGCUUGUGGCGCAGCUACACCAGCUCCAAGUCGACAUCCACGCAUCGCAGGCGCGGUCGGCGGUGCUGGAAGCGGCGCACGCCGCUGUGGCGCGCGAGCUCAGGGCCGGCAGCGCAAGCCAAGAUGGCACUGGCAGUGUAGCGCUGUCGGCUGUGCAGGCAGCAUCGCUCCGGAUAGCGAGCGAGAACGCGCUGGUGGCGCUGCGGUCGGCGACGGCAGUGGGUGUCGACGACGCCGCCGCCGAAGGCCUCUAUCUUGUGGCGCUCCUGCUUGCGCGGUCUUACCUUCAGGUCUCGAUGACCAUCUUUGCGGCCGAAGCGCGAGUCCAGAUGGUGGGUCAGGAGCAGGAGGCUCUGCGCGUCCGCAAGCAGCGGGCCAACCUGGCGCAGGAUGUGGCGACGCUGGAGAGGUGCUCAUCGAGUAACGCCAAGCUCCAGCGGAUCAUUGGCGAGCUGUCUUCCAAGAUCCUGUCGCUGGAGCGCGAGCGCGAGCACCUGUUUGCGCAGUACAUCGAGGCGCGUAAGCGCAUUGAGGCGCUGGGGCCGUGCGGCCAGCGGCUCCUCGUCGAGCUUGACACCGAGUGGGCCGACAUUCUCGACAAGCUGCGUGCGCUCGAGGCCGAGCAGCAUGCGCAGAUCGAGCUCGACGACGUGCUCAACGCGACAGCGCUCUCGGGCACUUCGCCAGCGGUCUCGCCGCGGGGGAGAUAAAGAUGCUCAUUUACUC